GUUCUUCCAGCACAGAGUUAUACACUUCCUGUUUGAGGAAAACAAAACAAAUUUCUAAAGGUUCACUGGAGCACUUGGAGAACAAUGAAUUACGGAGUUGAUAAACCAGCAGAAGCAAGUAAAGAUGAAUGGCUUGAAAAACUACAAGGUGUUCAUGUCACUAGAGCUGACAUGAAUCGACUCAUCAUGAACUAUCUUGUGACAGAGGGAUUUAAGGAGGCAGCAGAAAAGUUCAAAAUGGAGUCUGGUAUUCAGCCGCAUAUCGACUUGGACUCACUGGAUGAUAGAAUCCGAAUCCGUGGUGCUAUACAGGAAGGAAAGAUACAGCUAGCAAUCUCAUUGGUGAAUGACCUUUAUCCAGAACUCCUGGACAAUGACAGAUAUCUCUUUUUCCAUUUGCAGCAGCAACAUUUGAUAGAACUAAUUAGAGAGAGGAAUAUUGAAGGAGCUUUAGAAUUUGCACAGACCCAUUUGGCAGAGAGAGGGGAAGAGAAUCCAGAGAUCCUGAAUGAGCUGGAGAGAACCUUGGCGCUUUUAGCAUUUGAAGAACCGGAAAGCUCUCCAUUUGGAGAACUCUUACAUCCUUCUCAGAGACAAAAGGUAGCGAGCGAGGUUAAUGCAGCUAUUUUAGAUGAAGAGGCCACACCUAAAUUGGCCAAUUUGUUGAAACUUUUACUCUGGUCACAAGAUGAACUGGACAAGAAAAAAGUGAAAUAUCCUAAAAUGACAGACAUUGCCAGAGGUUUUAUUGAAGACCCUAAAUGACUAGGCCGUGUGCAGCAUUUGUAGGCAGAGACUACUUUUGGCCCAUUUCCCCCGGACAGCAGGUUGAUCCAGAGCUUGUAAUACAGCUUUGUGUGCGAAUCAAAGACAGAUGCUUAUGUUGUUUCCAUUUGCAGUGGGGACUGUGGAUUGUUUUGUGGAGUUCAGAAAUCUGAUAUAUGCUAGUCAAGUGUCAUAGGCUGCUCGAGUUAAAAGUUAUAUGUACAUCCUCUGACUCCAAAGAGUGAUACUGUUGAAAAGGAAUGAUUAGUUUACAUUACGGACUCAUUCCAUUUCAGACACUCAUUUUCAAGGUUGACAAAGGCAUUAUGCAUGAUAAUAAAACUCUUCUUUAAUGUUGAUUUUUCAUCAUUGUAAUAAAAUUUCCAUGUGAUGAUCAUUUUUAUGAAUUUUCAUUGUUGACAUAACUGAUGUGAAUUAAGGCAUAAAAAUGGAGAAAUAUAUGCAUUGACUUUUGCUUUUUAAUAAUGCCUGGUAUUGCUGGUAUUAUUUUAGGACAUUUUCAUGGGAUUUAUAACAGUUGAGUUGUAGGUAUAUUUCAGUGUCAAGCUCAGCAUGAUAGCAUCGGUAUGAUGCUGGAAUCUUACCUUAAUUAUACGCACCGACCACUAGGCCGAGCGUACUAUGUUAUAGCGAUUUUGUCUUUGUAUUCGUGUCCAAGCUAUGUCUAAUUGUUUACUUUUUGGAGGAUACAUGCAUGCUCAGAUGAUAAUGUGUCACGACUCACAUUUGUUCAUUUCCGCGGUUGUCAUGGUAACCACACAACCACUUUACUUUUAUACUGUAUAAAUAGUUAUGAUGUCAUGUCCAGGCUAUAACUCCAACACUUUUUCACAUAGAGUUUAAAUUUGUGGAGGAUACAAAGGUACCUAGAUGACGAUGUGUCGCUACUCACAUUUGCCCAUUUUCAUGGUUGUCAUGGUACCCUGAUAGCCACUUUCCUUAUAUAUAUUGUAUAAAUGAUUCCAUGUCCGGGCUACAACCUUUUGUUGGACACAUUUGUCCACUUGAUCAGUUGUCAUGAUAACCACAUACCUGUCAUCAACACCCAUGAAGAUUCCCCCUCGGGUUAUACUCACCACAAUGCAGCUGCUGGUAUUCCUGUAUACAUUUCAAACAAAUGCAUUUGUUGGGGCAUAUGUUGUGUUCACCUAAACUCUGUUGUCUUAUAAGACAUACCUGGACACGCUGCUUUAACAAAGUGCUUACAUAUAAAAACCCUUGCUGGACAAGUGGUGCGAGAAUGUGGUCAACUUGGCCAUGGAACUUCACAUAUAUAAAUGAAAUAUUCCUUGGUAGAAAAACACCAAUCAAAUAAAUGCUGAAAAGAUCCAACUCAGGGCUACGAACUGAUUGUAAGUACUGUAUUUAAAAUACAAUCUAGAAGAUGAAUGUCAAUGUUUCACAAACAUUCUUGAAAUUUGUUGAUUUCACAGGAGAUAUUUCCUAUGUAGUAAUAUACACCAUCAGAAUGUCCAAACCAGGACAAAAGCUUGUGUCCAAAAUUGACUAAAGGCCCCGCAGGUCGAAACUGAUCUGUAACUCUGUUAUAUUGAAUUAAUUUGAUAUGAUUAACAGCUUUGCAAAGAGAGUGGAAAACUGUUCAAAAAUGGACAAAAACUGCCAUAAUUAUGUGGGAAAUAUAUAUAUAA